AUGCCGGGGAUAGACUCGAAACGGCUGCCUCUCAGUCUCAAAAGGUUAUGCACUGAUGUACUCAAUCCAUCUUUGAUGGCUGACAUUGUUACAGAACAAUGGAUUCAAAUUCAGCGGCUUGGGCAGGCUCUUCACAUUACACAAAUUUUGACAUUUGAUCAUGCCCUCUUGCCUCCUCCUCCUGUUGCAUAG